GUUUGGCGACCCCCGUGAAAUGGUCGUUCGACCCCAAAUGGGGUCCCGACCCACAGGUGGAGAACCGCUGUUUUAAAACGUCCACAUUUUUACCUUGGCCGUUUUAUGCCGACGGGCUGGGUGUUUUCCCCAUCGACAGCAUCCCAAAGGGGACACGUUGGGGGUCCCCUGGACCCCCCUUUUCAGAGGGAGCCAGGAGGUCCCUCCAAACACCUCCACCCAGGCAAACUUCGCAAGUGCACAGAUUGAGCAGCCCAAGCCUGCGGGUGCAAAACGCAUGAUGGCUGCCCAGUGUCUCCCCUGGCUGGGAGACAGGAGCUUAAAACAGCCGUUUCGAUAUCUCUUUGAAGGACUGAGAGGAUGGUGGCCAGCGGUAGCCUCCCCCGGAGCCGAGACCGUGAGAUGCUUUACCUAAAUUGGCCACGCCGGGAGGGAGGACACCCCUUCGAGAGCUCUACCUUGCCUCCGGAAGCCUUCCUGGUGCCGUCUUCAUCUGAUCCGGCUUGCUUUCUGCAGACCAACCAGGUUGGGUGCUGCCACCUGUGGUAUGCCAGAGUACCCAGAAUAAAGCAGCAAGGAAAUGGUUGACUGCGAGUCAAGAUGCUGACCAAAAAGGACUGCGAGGGUGAGGCUGGAACGUAACAUGGUCCAUAGGUUUGCAGGCAAGGAGAUGGCUUUCUCCCUUCUUCAUGACUUGGGCAUGACCAUGAGUUAGCCAGCAGGUGAGAUCCAGGUGCUAAAUCUGUCAGGAGCCUGAGGACCUUCCACGGAGAACCCAACUCUGAAGCCCAUCCAAGAAUCAGAAGAUGAAACACCCAGAGGUGGGAAAAUGUGCCGCUGGGAAAGAUGGGAAUUGUAGUCCAGCUUGCCUAGAGAGCACCACAGAGGACAAGGGUGAAGAGGAAAGCCGAUACAUGCUGGCACGUUAGCACUACCCCUGGCCGGAGGGUGGUAUUACAGUUGUCCACUUCAGAGGAAUCCUGUGGCACUCCAGCUAUCACUCAACAUCCCUGUAAAGUGCAAGGUUAUUGUGCAAAUCCUUAAAAGAGACAGCCACCUGAGCUGAGUUCAAAUUACAGAUAGUCCUUAACUUAGGACCACGAUUGGGAACCAAUUGUUAAGUGGGUCAUCCUAUGACUGCAGACAAUUUUACCGCCUUUAUGGCCAAGGACGGUAAGAGAAUCACGUGGUCCUUAAGAAAACCCCAUCCUCCAUUGCAUGCUUGCUGACUCUGGGAUACGACAACAAAUACAGCAAAUUGCAAUCCAGUGACCGCAGGGAUGCUGUGACAGUUGUAAGUACGAGGACCCAUCGUAAGUUCUCCUUUCAGUUCCAUUGUAAGUCCAAACAAUUGCUAACUAAUUGGUCGUAAGCCGAGGGCUUCUUGUAGUCAACACGGAGCACCAGAAAUGUUUCUGUCAAGCGCGCCAUAUUUGAAGGAAGACUUUUUUGGGUUACCCCUAUCAAUGGGGUGGCCACUGUUUUGGGGCACCCCAUCACUGCCACUGGGGUCCCCGAUUGCAGGACAGGUUCCAGUUUGUAGAAGACACCCCAGGUGAGCCUUUAAAGGAGAUGGUAGAAGUUGGUUGAUGGGUAGAAGGUGAGACUCAUGUCAAGAGACCAUCAGAUCUGAGAUGACUUAAGACAGUUUUGGGUGCAGUGUUGGGAAAAAGAGCACCCCAACUUCCCUGUCCGGAGAAGACUUAAUGGGGACCUUCCAUGUCUUGAAGCUUCCAACCUUCGCUCGGUCUAUUUGGCCAACAUCCAAGAUGGAGGGUGCUGAGACGAUGCUGAGAACCCAUCUCUACUCCACCUGUUGUCAAAGGAAGCCACGGGAAGGAUGUCCUCUUUCCACCCAGUCUCAACCCCCCUGGGCCAAGGCCGAGUCAACCAGCUUGGAGGCGUCUUCAUCAACGGGCGUCCCCUGCCCAAUCACAUCCGUCACAAGAUUGUGGAGAUGGCGCACCAUGGCAUCAGGCCCUGUGUGAUCUCUCGCCAGCUGCGGGUCUCCCACGGCUGCGUCUCCAAGAUCCUCUGCCGGUACCAAGAAACGGGAUCCAUCCGGCCAGGAGCCAUCGGGGGCAGCAAGCCCAGGCAGGUUGCGACUCCAGACGUGGAGAAAAAGAUUGAAGAAUAUAAGCGGGAGAAUCCUGGCAUGUUUAGCUGGGAGAUCCGAGACCGGCUACUCAAAGAUGGUCACUGUGAUAGGACCACUGUCCCCUCAGGUUUAGUGAGUUCGAUUAGCCGUGUGCUCCGAAUCAAGUUCGGGAAGAGAGAGGAAGAAGAGGACCAGGAGAAGAAGGAUGAGGACCAGGAGAAGAAGGCCAAACACAGCAUCGAUGGCAUUUUGGGGGACAAAGGCAGUAGAUUGGAUGACGGUUCCGAUGUCGAAUCUGAGCCGGACCUUCCCCUGAAGCGCAAACAACGCCGAAGUCGGACCACUUUCACGGCCGAGCAGUUGGAAGAGCUGGAAAAGGCCUUCGAAAGGACCCACUACCCAGAUAUUUACACUCGGGAAGAGCUGGCCCAGCGGACGAAGCUGACAGAAGCCCGUGUCCAGGUGUGGUUCAGCAAUCGGAGAGCCCGUUGGCGCAAGCAGGCUGGGGCUAACCAGCUGGCUGCUUUCAACCACCUUCUGCCCGGUGGCUUCCCCCCGACGGGCAUGCCAGCCUUGCCACCCUACCAGCUGCCCGAUUCAACGUACCCGACCACCACUCUCUCUCAAGACGGGGGCAGCACUGUGCACCGGCCCCAGCCUCUCCCGCCCUCCACCAUGCACCAGGGGGGGUUGUCGGCAGCCACCCCCGACUCCAGCUCUGCCUACGGAGCCCGGCACAGUUUCUCCAGCUACUCGGACAGCUUCAUGAACCCCUCAGCUCCAGCCAACCACAUGAAUCCCGUCAGUAACGGCCUGUCUCCACAGGUGAUGAGCAUCCUGAGCAACCCCAGCGGAGUGCCCCCCCAGUCCCAGGCCGACUUCUCCCUCUCCCCCCUGCACGGCAGCCUGGAGAGUGCCAACGCCAUCUCGGCCAGCUGCAGCCAGCGAAGCGACUCCAUCAAGUCCGUGGACAGCCUGCCCACUUCCCAGGCCUACUGCCCUCCCACCUACACCACCACGGGCUACAGCGUGGAUCCCGUGGCCGGCUACCAGUACGGUCAGUACGGCCAGACUGCCGUGGACUACCUGACCAAGAACGUCAGCUUGUCCACACAGCGCCGGAUGAAACUCGGGGAACAUUCAGCCGUGCUGGGGCUUCUACCGGUCGAAACAGGCCAGGCCUACUGAAGGCUCCUUCCUGGGGUCCUCCCACCGCCAAUCUCUGCCACCAAGGAAGCAAAAUGGGAAAAAAACAACAAAAAAACCCUACUAUAACCACCAAACUUUCUUGGACCAGCCUCCAUCCACCACCGGCUUUUUCCUUCGGAGACUCACAAGGACCAAACCCUUCCCAAGGUUGCCUCCAUCCCAGAGGCCCACUGAUUCCCCCCCCUGCCCCCCAAUCCUUGUUCUGUGUCCCUGCGAAGACUAAUGGCCGUGUUCCCCAACUCCAGAGACGCUGAGUUUGUCAAGGACUUUUCUCAAGUGGGACCUCGGUGGCCGAGGUGGUGUCCUCCCAACACUCCAGAUGUUUCCAUCGUUGUGACUGCUUGGCAGAGUCAACCUGGAAGCUGUUAGCUUCGUCCUUAUAUAGCUAGAUAGAUACCGAUAUAUUCUUUGGCUGCCCUCCCACCCGUGUGCCCCCCCAUCCCCAUCAUUUUUAUUAUAAUACAUGAUCAAUAAUACACGGAAGAAGUCCGCCGA